GCUUGUGUGAGUCACGCCUGUUGCACGUGAUGUUUAUUAGAAAUAUUGUUAACGCCGUCAAAUACAAUAUAGCCACGACCACUUCGACAGGAAUGUACGAUUGAAAUGAAGAAAAUUUUCUCUUCAUUCCAUUAAAUUCGGUAUUUUAUAUUUAUUCGGAAUACCGAAAUAUUAUAUUAUAUUAGCUUACUGUUUAAAAAAUGGCUUCAGCCUUUGUUGGAAAAAUUUGGUUGUAUGGGCUUUGUUCCUUUUGCCAAUAGACGAAUAAAAAGGGGUUAAAGAAAUUAUGCGUGAAUUUGUUUGUAAACAAUAAAAGAGCGCGGUUUUCUGUUGUUGAUCUUAUGUCUCAUUAAAUGUUAACAUUAAAGUUACUUUUAGGUACGGUGUUAGAUUAGAUUUCUACUAACUGCCAAAUGUGAAAAUAUAUUUAAGCAAAUAUACAAUGCCAGAUAACCUAUCAAGUGUAUGUGUCGAUAACAUAGUAGAGAAAUGUUUGAAAACAUACGAACAACUACCCAAAAAAGGAAAACCUGCCGAUGACGAAUGGACGGUGCUAUCUUGCAUUGUAAAAUAUGAAACUGAACAUGAUACGAUCGAAGUAUUAUCCUUAGGAACUGGGUCUAAAUGUAUUGGCGCUACAAAAAUGUCGCCACUCGGAGACUUGCUCAAUGACAGUCACGCUGAAGUGUUCGCUCGACGCGGGUUUAUACAUUAUCUAUUCCAAAAUAUCGAAAAGGCUACCAACAAUCUUGAUUCUAUAUUCAUUAAAACGGAUAGCAAGCUAAAAUUAAAAGACAGCAUAGAAUUUAUAUUUUAUUCUUCACAAUUACCUUGUGGUGACGCAUCUAUUAUACCUAAGAAUGGUGAAGAGCAAGAGGACCACUUUGGUGAUCUAAUCAAGGUUAAAAGAAAGGCAGAUGAGAGCAACUGUGUGCGUGACACUAAAAGACUAAAAUUAAGUGAUAUUCAUCGAACCGGUGCAAAAUGCCUUUCAAAUGCAGAACAGGACCUUAAAAUUCCUGGAAAAGAUUAUCAUGUUUUAGGUCAGGUUAGAACUAAGCCUGGAAGAGGUGAUAGAACACUAUCAGUGUCUUGUAGUGAUAAAAUAGCUAGGUGGGUUCACCUUGGUAUACAUGGUGCUCUUUUGGACUUAAUAUGUGAACCUGUUUAUAUAAAACAUUUCAUAUUUGGUGCAUCUGUACCAUAUUGUGAAGAAUCAUUAAAUAGGGCAAUUUUAAAAAGGAGUAAUGAAUUCAAUAACACCAGAGCUCCAAAAUUUUACCAGUCUUCAAUAACAUUUUCAGAUAUAAAAUCAGAAGGAAAGUAUAGACCUGCUCCAGGUAGCAUAGUUUGGAUAAAUCUUACUAAUCCGAUUUUAGAAGUGGCAGUUCAAGGCAGAAAGCUGGGUUUGACAAAAAAAGGAAAGUCAAUUUCACCUGACGCAUCACUGAUUAUCAGUAAAUACAACAUAUACAAAAUAUUUCUGAAAUUAUUAAAUAGGAACAAGGAGUUAAAAGUGUCAAUUUUUGGAGAUGAAAGUAUAGAAAAUAUACCAUACAAUAAAAUGAAGAUAAAAUCUAAACAAUAUAGAGAUCGAUGGGAAAAUCUCAAAGAAAAUUUCUUUAGAAUCUGGACAGUCAAGGCUGACAUGUGGGAUUUCUGUGUAAAAAUACUCUAGUUUUAUUAAAUGUUUGAUACAGA